AUGAAUAAUUAUCUUCAAUUAACAAGAGACUUGGGAGAAAAACGACGUCAUGUUGUUCGACUUGAAAAUGGAAAAGUAUGUUGUGGCUGCAACGGUGAUUUACCACCUGGCCAAUUUGCAAUUAAAAUAGUGUAUUGGUCAGGUGGUUUAAAUAUAGAUAUCUGUCUUCAAGAUUUUCAUCAUAAAUUUCCUUCAAUUGAUAAUCUUGUACUUGGUUUUCAUUUACAAGUUGAUGCGGCUUUUCAUAUAUCAAAACCAUAA